AUGAUUUGUCGCGAUAGCGAACCAAUAUCGGUCGUCGAAAAUGAGGGCUUCCAAUAUCUUAUGAAAUUAGUUGCUCCCUUAUAUAAAAUUCCAUCGAGAAGGACUUUCGACGAAUUACUCGAUAAGAAAUACGAAUUUGUUUCCAAUAUGUUAAAAGAAAAAUUGUCAGGUAUACAAUACAUUUGCUUGACAACCGAUGUGUGGACAGAAACACAUCAAACAAGAAGUUUUCUAGGAGUAACAGCCCAUUAUGUUUCAAAUGAUACUGACGACCUAAAACUUCAGGGUGUCACACUAGGGGUUUAUGAAUUAGAAGAAAGGCACACAGGAGAAAAUUUAGCACAAAAACUGAAGGAAAUAUGCACCAAGUGGAACAUCAAAGAUGAUGUCGUUAUUGCUGUCGUUACUGAUGGAGGGAGUAAUAUGAUUAAGGCUGUAGAAUUGGUUUUCGACAAGAAAAGACACACCUAUUGCUUUGCCCACCUACUAAAUCUUCUGGCUCAAAAGUCCAUUGAAUCUCUCCCUCAGCUAAAAAGUUUACUGGAACAAGUGAAGACUAUAGUCAGCUGGUUUAGAAGCAGUGUAAUUGGAAGCGAUGAGCUUAGAAAGAGGACUGUCAAUUCUACUGAAAAGACUUUAAUUCAAUCGGUUUCCACAAGAUGGAAUUCCACGUAUUAUAUGGUGGAACGUUUUCGGGAAAUCGUAAGCAGUAUUAUAAACUUUAAUACAACAGCUCCACCAAUGAUAACAGCGAAGGAUGUAGAAUUCCUUCAGGAUUUUGUAUUACUUUUUAAGCCAAUCGAAGUUGCUACUAAAGAAGCAUGUGGUGAGAAAUUCGUUACGUCGAGUAUGAUCAUUCCGAUCGUACGCCUUUUAAGAAAAAAAAUAUCUGAAGCUUCAAUCACAACGGACCUAGCAAAAUCCCUGAAGAAUAACAUCUUUGCGGAAUGGAAUAAACGAUUUCUUAACAUUGAACACAACCAGCUUUUUGCAACAGCAACAAUAUUAGAUCCUCGCUUCAAAAAUUUGCAUUUCGACGAUAAAGCGGCAUUAGGCAGUGUUAUACGGAAGCUAUCAAAUGAAUUGAGAAAAGACUUAAUCGAGUCAGAAUCCGAUAGCGAUGCACCUUCUCAUUCUUCUGGGUCCAAAGAAAAUGAAUACAGCUUAUGGGACGAUCAUCAUAAAAUGGUUCAGGAAGCUUGGAAAUCUCGAAAAAAAUCCAGAAUAGUCGAGGAACUAGAUACACCGAAUUCGAUACCACCCGAAUUUUCAGUUUAUUUGAAACAGCCUGUAGUACGACUUAAAGACUCUCCGUUCGAGGUAUGGACUGAAAUCGUUCACAAGGACUCAUCGUUACUGAAAAUGGUCAAAAAAUAUUUAUGCGUUGUGGCAACAUCUGUUCCGUGUGAACGCGUUUUUUCAGCGAGUGGAAAUAUUGCAAACUGCAAGAGAAGUUGCCUCUUGGGAGAAAAACUAGAUAAGCUACUUUUCCUCAAAAGUGUAGAUAAAACAUUUUGGGGUCAUAAUUGA